UUCCGCCAUUUUUGCUUUACAAUUCCUUCCUUUUUAUUCUUUACCGUGCUUGUGUUUGUCCCUCUUCUCCAGUUUUGUCAGUCUGCAUUCUCUCUGAAUACAAUUAUUUUCUGAUCUGGAUAUUGAUCUCGAUCCUUUUUUGGGUUCGAGAUUCUACGUUGCAUUUGUGUUAUAUCAUGGGUGUGGAGGUUGCAGAAUCUAAAAUAAACGUUAUGGCGGAAACUGAAAAUGAAGCCAACGUGCCCCCUGAGGGGGGGAAAGUGAAUAUAAAAUUUGGCUCUCAUGCGGCAGAAGAGCCAGCUAAAGGGCACCUUAAUAAACUCUCAGAUUCCGGCAUCCCCAAGGAUGCUGUUGAUGAGUGGCCUGAGCCUGCUCAGGUCCACUCUUUUUACAUUGUCAGAUAUCGCGCUUUUGAAGACCGAGAACUUAAGGCUAAACUGGAUGCGGCCGAGAAAGACCUACAGAAAAAGAAUCAGGCUCGGUCGCAGAUUGUUGAAAAAUUGAGGGGCAAAAGAGCUGCAAGGUCCGAGAUAAGAUCUCAAAUUCAUUCUUUAAGUGUUGAGAGCAAACAAUAUAGGGAGGUCAUGGAUGGAAAGAUAAAAGAAAUGGAACCUCUCCAGCAGGCUCUGGGCAAGUUAAGAGGUGCUGGACCUAGAGAGAGGGGUUCUGGUCUAUGUUCAUCUGAGGAAGAACUUAAUGAUCUUAUCAAGAGUUUGCAUUACCGCAUCCAGCAUGAAAGCAUUCCUCUCAGUGAGGAGAAGCAGAUUCUCAGGGAAAUUAAACAACUUGAAGGGACAAGGGAAAAGGUGAUUGCAAUUGCUGCUGAGAGGGCGAGGAUUCAAGACUCAUUGGGUGAAAAACAAGCCAUCCAGGACCAGGUCAAAUUGAUGGGAGUUGAUCUUGAUGGAGUUCGAAAGGAGAAACAAGUGGUCUCUUCCAAGAUUAAGCAGCUAGAUGAAGGAAAAGUGGCUGUAGAGAAAGAUAUAAAAGUUUUAGAAAAAGAAUUGGAAACAGUCACACAAAAAAGGGACCAGAUUUUAGCUAGCGUUGUUGAAAUGAGGAAGCAACGGGAUGAAUCGAAUUCCCCCUUCUACCAAAACCGUACAGUCUUGUCAAAAGCUAAAGUAGUUGCAGCACAAAAGGAUGCCGAAGCUGUGAAGGAGCUUACACGUUCAGAGGUUGAGAAGUUCAUGUCUGUCUGGAAUAGUAAUAAGGCGUUCAGGGAUGAUUAUGAGAGUAGAAUUUUGCAAUCACUUGACAUGAGGCUGUUGAGCAAGGAUGGGCGCAUAAGGAAUCCAGGUGAGAAGCCACUGAUGGUACCUGAGACACCACUUCCAUCUGAAACUGACACCGUCGUCAAGAAAAGCGUGAAACAAGCCCCGAAGGAGAACUCCAUUUCCCCCUUGCAAGACAGUGCUCCUCCCGAGCAGACAGUUGCAAAAGGAAAGAGCGCUAAAAACAACAAAGGAGGAAAUAAGAAAACAGAAAUCCCCCUAAUUGAGCAAGAAUACAAGCAGGAGGCCUCCCCUGUGGAUAAAUUGCAAAAGGAUUCUCUUUCCAAGAGCGAUAAAGUUGAUGAGAAGAAGUUGAAGGAGCUGAAGAGAGAGGAAGAGAUAGCUAAGCGUAAUCAGGCAGAGGAAAGGAAGAAGAAGCUGGCAGAGAAAGCAGCUGCUAAAGCAGCAAUCAAAGCCCAGAAGGAAGCUGAAAAGAAACUUAAGGAACGCGAGAAGAGAGCAAGGAAGAAGGCUGGAGCUGCAGUUGCUCCCCCGGACUCUGAAGAACCAUCCGAAACUGUUCCAGAGGUUUCCGAACCCGAAAAGGUGGAGGAAAACACAGAAACUCCAGCCACACAAAAGAACAAUGACCGCAAAGAACACUUAAUGAGACACAGGGCACGUCCUAGAGCCCCAAAUGCACUCCCGAAAGCUAUACUGAAACGCAAGAAGGCAAGCAAGGAUUGGUUAUGGGUUACCGUUCCUGCUGCUUUACUUGUUCUUGUGCUUCUGGUAGUUGGCUAUAACUAUCUUAGUUGAGGCAGUACAUACUAGAGCCGAACGAAAGAAGAAACUACUCCUUUUCAUGAUCAUGGAGACGAGAUCGAUAUAUAGGUAGCACCACUUCACUUCUUUUCUUCUUUCCUUGAGUUACAUAGCAUCCUAUUAGAAGGGAUGGGAACUUGAAACUCACAAUGUUGGUAGAACAGAUUGGUUUGAAAACUUCUUAAACUGCAGCAGACCACACAGUUUUCCUUUGUUUGAGUUGGUAUAUUUGCUAGUUAAACUCUUAGAGUAUUGUUGAUGUCUUCUUUUAUUAUAUUUCUUUCUAAGUUGAUUUGGGUUGUAGCCAAGUUAAUUGAUGUAAGUGUAUAUCUUUUUAUGUACUAUGUCUAGAAUGAAUGAAUAUGUGCCCCAUUUGUGGAUUAUGGUUC